AUGGCGCUUUCGAUCUUUUGCGCUCUACUUUCGCUUCUCGCUACACUCACUUGCGCGUCUACCAACGACCGUCAAACAGGACACCAAGAUGCACCUGGAAAGGAGACGAGGAUAGCCAUCAUCGGCGCAGGGCUCAGCGGCUCUAGUACAGCGUACCAUUUACGCAAGAAUGCUCCUCCGGACCAACCACUCUCGAUCACGAUCUUCGAAUCUAGCGAAAGCAUCGGCGGACGAGUCGCUUCAUUCCCAGUACCGGAUACCCAAAACCGGACCAUUCUCGAAACCGGCGCUGCCAGUUUCUUUACGGACGAUACAUGCAUCACGCAAAGCGUUGAGAAGCUGGGUCUGACUCUCCUAGACAAGAAAGGUUGCUGGUCGCUUCUGGGAUGUCUCUACAACCCAUUUAGAAGAACAGGCAUUUGGAACGGCAAGGAAAUUAUCGGCAAGCCAUUGCUUGCUUUGAGACUGAGCGAAUGGUUAGAUGAGCACGGUCUGCUCUGGAUUGUGAAACCAGUCGUAUGGUCCAACAACAUGUCCGUAUGGAAUACCUUGCGUCUCCUCCACUGGAACGAUCUGAAGUUAGACCCUGGGCUGCAGGCCUCGUGCGACUUCACGUCUCCAUCGAUUUGGAGACGUAUCCACAUGCGUUACGAGUACGGCAGCUCGCCUGCACUCUUCCGGCGAGCGGUCCAUACUACGACUGAGAGAUUCCAGCAUUUUGGACGUACGAACCGAUUCAGCGACGUUGGUGAAGAGCUCAGAAGGGUAGGUCUGCAUGGCGACAUCGCAAAACUCUCCGCUGCGGACUAUCUUACAGGCCUUGGUAUCAGCAAGCUAUUCCAGAUCGAGGUCAUCGAGCCAUGUGUACGCGCGCGCUCCUUUCUUGAUCUAACGCAGGUUAGUGCUAUCGAUGCGAUGAUGGCUUGCAGAGAGUCAAAGGAAACAUCUUUAGUUGGUGGCAACAUACGGCUUGUAGGCGCAAUGAUAAACGCCUCACUAGGGGACUUGCAACUGCGAAGCGAGGUAGUUGGAAUUGAACAUGGCCAAGAUCGACGAUACAAACUCUCAAUCGCGGAUGCACCAGAUGUCACAUUACAUGAAAACCACGAGUUCGAUGUAGUCGUGCUGGCGGGUCUGGUUCAUGAGAGUCCACUACCUGACAGCCUCCAAAAUCUAGGCUCGCUGCCGAAGAACCUCUUAUCACCACCAAGUUAUACCUCAGCGCACGUUACCUACUUUGCUACGGAGCAUGCCUUCAGACCGGAAUAUCUCAACUUAUCCGCUGACUUCGACAUCCCAGACCGCCUUCUAACGACAUCCGCAGAGUCCAGCCUGAUCUCGCUAUCUAUGUGGGACGAUAUGGGCUUUUAUUGGGAAGACCGACUUCGGCGCAAGGAGCCUUGGGUUGAACGACCUGAUCAUUACGACAGCGAUGAAUGCGGGAACCGUAAGUUUGAAUACGAAAACCUAUACCGUGUAGUGUCUCUAGAGUAUAUCUCAGAAGGCGAGCUUGCUGCAAUGAUUGGAAAGGAUUGGGAGGAGGGACAGAAUGCGACGGACAUCGGGUUCAGCUGGGUUCAUCGACAAGAAUGGAGCAAAGCGUUUCCGAAAUUUGGUGACGGCAGGGGUGUGACAGGAGACAUUCAGGUAGCGGAGGGUGUCUUCUGGCUUGGUGGUGGGGGUGAAGUUACGUCAUCACUUGAGAUGAGUUGUAAGAUGGGAAGGAAUGUUGCGUCCCUGAUACAGGACCGGGCAACGACAACAAGUGCUGGUCAUGGCGAACUCACCGGUCACAACCAACCCCUAGACAAGCUCGCGACGAUGCAUUCCUCCAAGGUACUGCUGGCCCUCUUCUUCAGCCUCCUGACGUCUCUCUUCCAAGUUUGCAGUGCACAGAACGUUGGUAUCGAGACUACCCCCAUAUUCAAGAACUCGCAAUGUAGUGCAGAACAAGAGCGUAUCAUCCGUCAAGCGUGGUUGGAUGGCGUAAUGCUCGCUAAUGCGGCCUUUGACGAUAGCGACGAACUCCUUCCGAAUACCGGCGGCGGGCACAAGAUCAUCAACUUCGAUACUCGAGCGGCAAUUGAAUAUUGGGGUCCACCGAGCGAAAACCUUGGAUACCGACAGCGAAUCUAUGAUACAUUUUACCGCGCCACUCAAGCGUCAUGGGGGCGGGGUUGGGCCGACUGGUGGUUUGAACGCUAUAUCGAAAUGCACUGCGACGAUCCGGAGCCGAAACAGUGUGACGAUUCGACUUCUGCUUACUACAUGCCCACGAAAAAAGGUUCGUGGACAUACGACGGUAUCAACUUUUGCCCGGCAUUCUUCUCCACUCUCAAGGACCACGCGGAAUUGGAGAAGAGAAUCAUCGCCGACCCGACUGGCCAAUUAAGGCUAAACACCAGGAAUAUGCGAAGCAGAGCCUGCACCGCUCUCCACGAGUUACUACAUGUCAACGACUCCAAGACGGAAAUCUGUCAGGGGGGAUGUCACGACACCAAGCAAAUGAUAGGCGGCAAGGCAAUCUUCACGUACAAGUCUGGCCGCGCAAAACUACUGGCGGCGAGGGACGUUCAAGCUGCGGCCGAAACCAACGACAACUAUGUCUAUUUUGCCAUCGCGCGGUACAUGCAAAAGAAGUUUGGGGUCUACCCCGCGUAUCCACGCAUAUGGAGUCCUGCGAAAACGAAGGGAGAGAAUCAGGCGAUUGAGAACGGCGAACCGGGCGCCCCAAGCCGUUACAAUAUGGCGUUUGAGUUGGAAGAUGUCGACCUCGAUGGCGGCGCCGGCGAAGCAAUUUCGGAUAAGCAGUACAAGACGUCGAUUUACCCGGAGUGGUACCAACAAGACUCACCCGUUGAGCCUGACUUUGGUAAACUCGCCUUCUCCCACCCUAAUAUAGACGACGUUGUUUGCCAGACUACGAGCGAGUCUGCGCAGUACGACGAUUGUGUAGCCGCCUUUGCGACGCUGGAGGGUCUCGAUCGGAAUAAGGUGCAGCUGGUUCACAAGAGGCCCGGCGAAAGGUGGUGGGCGAAUGUGGUAACGACGUGUGCGGUCCAAGUCCACUACAAGGGCGACUGGUCAAAGUGCGAGGCUUCGCUGUCGGACAUAUGGGCUCACGCUAAGGAUGUAUUCGAGGGGUGCCAUGGUGAGUAUGGGACGGUGGGCGGCUAUGUUCCUUUCGGCGUGCCGAACUGCCCUGCGACGAUUGAUCUCGUGUCUAGUCGUCAGUGGCGCAAUCCGGAUCCGUUCUAG